AUGGCCCCCCGACGCCAAGCCAGCCCAGGGCUGGCUGUCGCCCGCUGCUGGCUCCUCACCGUUGUUUUAGGCUUCUGCGUAUCAUUCAAUGUUGAUGUGAAAAAUUCAAUGACCUUCAGUGGCCCAGUGGAAGACAUGUUUGGAUAUACUGUUCAACAAUAUGAAAAUGAAGAAGGAAAAUGGGUGCUUAUUGGCUCUCCUUUAGUUGGUCAACCCAAGAACAGAACUGGAGAUGUCUAUAAGUGUCCAGUUGGGAGAAGCAAACCAUUACCUUGCGUAAAGUUGGAUCUGCCUGUUAAUACAUCAAUUCCCAAUGUCACGGAAGUAAAGGAGAACAUGACGUUUGGAUCAACUUUAGUCACCAACCCAAAUGGAGGGUUUCUGGCAUGUGGGCCCUUGUAUGCCUAUAGAUGUGGACAUUUACAUUACACAACUGGAAUCUGUUCUGAUGUUAGCUCCACAUUUCAAGUCGUGAACUCCAUUGCUCCUGUACGAGAAUGCAGCACUCAACUGGACAUAGUCAUCGUGCUGGAUGGCUCCAACAGUAUUUAUCCCUGGGAGAGUGUUACAGCUUUUUUAAAUGACCUUCUUGAAAGAAUGGAUAUUGGUCCUAAACAGACACAGGUUGGAAUUGUACAGUAUGGAGAAAAUGUAACCCAUGAGUUCAACCUCAAUAAGUACUCAUCAACGGAAGAGGUACUUGUUGCAGCAAAUAAAAUAAUCCAGAGAGGUGGCCGCCAGACUAUGACAGCCCUUGGGAUAGACACAGCCAGGAAGGAGGCUUUCACUGAAGCCCGGGGUGCCCGAAGGGGAGUUAAAAAAGUUAUGGUGAUUGUGACUGAUGGGGAGUCCCAUGAUAACCAUCGACUGAAUAAGGUCAUCCAAGACUGUGAGGAUGAAAACAUUCAGCGAUUUUCCAUAGCUAUUCUUGGGAGCUAUAACAGAGGAAAUUUAAGCACUGAAAAGUUUGUGGAAGAAAUAAAAUCAAUUGCAAGCGAACCCACUGAAAAGCAUUUCUUCAAUGUCUCUGAUGAAUUAGCUCUAGUCACUAUUGUUGAAGCUCUCGGAGAAAGAAUAUUCGCCCUGGAAGCUACAGCUGACCAGUCAGCAGCUUCAUUUGAAAUGGAAAUGUCUCAGACUGGCUUCAGUGCUCAUUAUUCACAGGACUGGGUCAUGCUUGGAGCAGUAGGAGCCUAUGAUUGGAAUGGAACAGUCGUCAUGCAGAAGGCUAAUCGAAUCAUAAUUCCUCAAAACACAACCUUUAAUGUUGAGUCUACCAAAAAGAAUGAACCUCUUGCUUCUUAUUUAGGUUACACAGUGAACUCCGCCACGGUUUCGGGAGAUGUGCUCUACAUUGCCGGACAGCCACGGUACAAUCACACGGGCCAGGUUGUCAUCUACAGGAUGAAAGAUGGAGACAUCAGGAUUCUCCAGACACUCAGUGGAGAGCAGAUUGGUUCCUACUUUGGCAGUGUUUUAACCACACUUGACGUUGAUAAAGAUUCUAAUACUGACAUUCUUCUGGUUGGGGCUCCCAUGUACAUGGGAACAGAGAAAGAGGAACAAGGAAAAGUGUAUGUGUAUGCCCUGAAUCAGACAAGGUUUGAAUAUCAAAUGAGCCUGGAACCCAUUAAGCAGACUUGUUGUUCAUCUCUGAAGCACAAUUCAUGCACUAAAGAAAACAAAAAUGAGCCGUGUGGGGCUCGUUUUGGAACAGCUAUUGCUGCUGUGAGAGACCUCAAUCUUGAUGGAUUUGAUGACAUUGUGAUAGGAGCUCCCCUGGAAGAUGAUCAUGGGGGAGCCGUGUACAUUUAUCAUGGGAGUGGAAAGACUAUAAGGCAAGAGUAUGCACAACGUAUUGCAUCAGGUGGAGAUGGCAAGACACUGAAAUUUUUUGGCCAGUCUAUCCAUGGAGAAAUGGAUCUAAAUGGGGACGGUCUGACUGAUGUGACUAUUGGGGGCCUUGGUGGUGCUGCCCUCUUCUGGUCCCGAGAUGUGGCUGUAGUUAAAGUGACCAUGAAUUUUGAACCCAAUAAAGUGAAUAUCCAAAAGAAAAACUGCCAUGUGGAAGGAAAGGAAACAGUAUGCAUAAAUGCUACGGUGUGUUUUGAUGUGAAAUUAAAGUCCAAAGAAGACAGAAUUUACACAGCUGAUAUACAGUACCGUGUCACACUAGAUUCACUAAGACAGAUAUCACGAAGUUUUUUCUCUGGAACUCAAGAAAGAAAGAUUCAAAGAAACAUCACAGUUCAAGAAUCAGAAUGCACUAAGCUUUCCUUCUACAUGUUGGACAAGCAUGACUUUCGGGACUCUGUGAGGAUAACUUUGGAUUUUAAUCUUACUGAUCCAGAAAACGGGCCUGUUCUUGAUGAUUCCCUACCAAAUUCAGUACAUGAAUAUAUUCCCUUUGCCAAAGAUUGUGGAAACAAGGAAAAAUGUAUCUCGGACCUCGCCCUGCAAGUAUCCACCACAGCAAAGGGCCUGCUUAUUGUCAGGUCCCACAAUGACAAAUUCAAUGUUAGUCUCACAGUCAAAAACAAAAAGGACAGUGCCUAUAACACCAGAACCAUAGUGCAUUAUUCUCCAAACCUAAUUUUUUCAGGAAUUGAGGCUAUCCAAAAAGACAGUUGUGAGUCCAAUCAUAAUCUCACAUGUAAAAUUAGAUAUCCCUUCCUGAGAAGAGAAGAAGAGGUUACUUUCAAAAUAUUAUUUCAGUUUAACACAUCUUAUCUCAUGGAAAAUGUGACCAUUCAUUUAAGUGCAACAAGUGACAGUGAAGAGCCUCCUGAAGCCCUUUUUGAUAAUGAAGUUAAUAUCUCUAUCCCAGUAAAAUAUGAAGUUGGACUUCAGUUUUACAGCUCUGCGAGUGAAUACCAUAUUUCAAUUGCGGCCAAUGAGACAGUCCCUGAAGUUAUUAAUUCUACUGAGGACAUUGGAAGUGAAAUUAAUGUCUUCUACUUGAUUAGAAAAAGUGGACAUUUUCCGAUGCCAGAACUUAAGCUGUCAAUUUCAUUUCCCAACUUGACAUCAGACGGUUAUCCUGUGCUAUACCCAAGUGGAUGGUCAUCUUCUAAUAAUGCAAACUGCAGACCCAGUAGCCUUCAGGACCCGCUUGGUAUCAACUCUGGGAAGCAAAUGAUUAUAUCAAAAUCUGAAGAUCUCAAACGAGGCACAAUUCUGGACUGCAGCACAUGUAAAUUUGCUACAAUCACGUGUAAUUUGAUUCCUUCUGACAUGAGCCAAGUGAAUGUUUCACUUAUCUUAUGGAAACCAACUUUUAUAAAAGCACGUUUUUCGAGCUUAAAUCUUACUGUAAGGGCAGACCUUCAGAGUGAAAAUACAUUACUGAUUUUAAGUACUGGCAAUCAAAAAAGAGAGUUUGCUAUUCAAAUAUCCAAAGAUGGACUACCAGGCAGGGUGCCAUUAUGGGUCAUCCUGUUGAGUGCCUUUGCUGGAUUGUUGCUGUUAAUGCUGCUCAUAUUAGCACUGUGGAAGAUUGGAUUCUUCAAAAGACCACUAAAGAAGAAAAUGGAAAAAUGA